AUGGAAAACCUAAGACUUCCAGAGCGGAUGUUUACUUACGGUGAAGAACCCAACGGCGAGCGGGUGAACACAUACCACAAACCCAAGAGAAUCGAAACCAUACUCGAUGCUUUAGAUCCAGAAGAGGUCGACUUUUUGCGUAAUAUGACUUUUGGGAAGAUUAUAUCGCUAGCUGAGAACCCUUCGUUUUCCGGUAGUUUUGGCCAGUUCGUCAUUGUCCGGAUACUCCACGUGAAGAAAAAAUACGAGAUUUGUUUCCUCUUCGCCGGGAAGCCUGUAAGGAUGUCACUUCAUGAGUUUGCUCGUGUCACCGGACUCAACUGCAAAAAGAUUCCUCCUAAAAACAACAAGAGGAAAAAGAAGAAUCCGAUAAAGGAGAAACUUUACUGGGGAGAGCUAUUUGGAUCACUCAAGUUCUGUCUCGUAGAUCUAGCAAUAGAGAUGCUCAAAAAAGGAGCAGUGAAGAAGCGCAAGACUCGAUUGAAAUACGCAUGUCUUGCCUUUACCUCGUGUGUACUUCUGCCGACGUCUCAUUUCCCCCGGAUCAUUCCAGAGCAUGUUGAAAUGAUACGAGACUUGGAAGAAUUUCUAGCUUUCCCUUGGGGUAGAGUUGCUUUCGAGAUGUUAGUCACUGGGAUCAAGAAGAAAGACGAGAUUCUACUUUCCCAGACUAGCGUUGCGUUACCCGGUUUUGUCGAUUCUAUUCAGCUUGUGUUCAUGGAGGCGGUGCCGCAGAUAAAAGAGGUGGUUCCUCAGCCGGAAAAUGUAGUGUGGAUAGAGUCAGACUCUGAAUGA